AUUACAUGGAGGAUGUCCUAAAGGGGGGUGAUGUGGUACGGCUUUUUCAUGCUGAGCAGCAGGAGAAAUUUCUUACAUGUGAUGAGUACAAGUCAAAACUCCAUGUUUUUCUACGCACUACUCUGCGGCAGUCAGCCACAUCAGCUACUAGCUCCAAUGCCCUCUGGGAAGUGGAGGUUGUGCAUCAUGAUCCUUGUAGAGGGGGAGCAGGGCACUGGAAUAGUCUUUAUCGAUUUAAACAUCUUGCUACUGGGAAUUAUUUGGCAGCAGAGGAAAAAUCCAACUUACAAAGGAGAUGCCCCAGAGUCCAAAUCAGGAGCAUCCUACCCAGUAGUGAACACGCGUCCCAACCGUAGAAACGCAGGGGAGAAGAUCAAGUAUCGC